CGCGCACCCGGAGUCGUAUUCGAUGUAGUAAAGGAUCUAGCCCAUUACUUCACGCGUUGCCUACCGACGUCAGCGUUCUGGCGCAGGUCAACCGUCCGCUCUCGAAUUUGCUUCUGCUGGCAGAGGCGUUCCAUCAGCCGGUUCUACGGUCUCGCAUCCUUGUGGACCAAGUUUUCAACAUGCCAGCACUUCCGGAGACAUUGGUGUCAGGGGCGGGCGUUGCGUUGGAGCACUUGGAGGCCGCGAUCUCACUGGCCGAGCGUGAGGUGGCUGGUUCCCUCUCGAAUCUCGUACGACGGAUAAACCUACCAGUCAAUUCGACGAGUCCGCCAGGCCUGAUAGAGGCCAACACGCGAGAUCCCUGGAACAAGAGCGGCAAAUAUGCAUUGGCCUACGUCUAUUUCUGCUUACCACUGCUGGUUGUCGCUGGCCUCAUGCGGUACUACCAUCUGUUCACGGACAAGAUACGGACCGCUCUCCACCAAGAAGAGGUACUGAAAACCGCGAAGAUCGCCUCCCCCGACUCCGACUACGAGAUGUCAGUUUUGUAUACUGACAAGUCAACCGUGAAGUUCUUUCCACGCGAGGGGCCACUUCCUUCCCCUCCAAAGUCGCAAUCCAGUGUUUCGUCACUCGGGUUCAUCAACAAGACCGUGGCCUGCUUUCGCUUCAUCUUCUACCGCCCGAUUCGAGAGAUCCAGAUCCGGAAAGGAUGGAGACCGCUGGUGUUUCCAUCGCUUGCUGCCUGCGUUAUCGUAACUGGUGCUCUGGCUUUGGGAAUCUGCUACACGUUCAUUCCACAGCCACUUUUUUGGAAGAGCAUCGCUUUUGGAUCACCGCCCGUGGCGAUCCGAUCCGGCAUGAUGGCGGUUGCUCUGAUGCCUUGGAUUGUUGGACUAUCGAUGAAAGCAAACAUCAUCACCCUAAUCACCGGGAUUGGCCACGAGCGACUGAAUGUGCUGCAUCGGUGGGCAGCAUACUUGUGUCUGCUUCUUAGCAUCAUCCACACCGUGCCUUUCUACAUCACACCAAUCUGGGAGAAAGGAGCUCGACAUGCGUUCGAGUCAUUUUUCAAGCAGGAUGGAUUCUACGCCUACGGCACUGGCGUUGCGGCGCUAGUGCCGCUCUGUUUCCUUUGCGUUCACUCCCUCGAGCCAUUGCGCCAUUGGAUGUACGAACUGUUCGUCUCCCUCCAUGUACCUGUCGCCAUCGUCUUCCUCGGGAUGGUGUUCUGGCACUGCCACAACUACCUCACAUCCUGGAACUACCUCUUCGCUACUCUAGGCAUUUGGGUCAUGUCAUACUUCAUGCGGGUCUUCUACCUCAACUGGGCCAAUCCAUUCAAGAUGUCAUGGCUAAUCGGAGACGAAGCGGCCGUUACCCUCAUGCCGGAGAACGCGAUCAAGAUCACCAUACCUACCCAGAUGAAAUGGAGACCUGGCCAAUACGUCUAUCUCCGAAUGCCGGGCAUCUCGGUGUUCGAGAACCAUCCAUUCACGAUCGCUUCCUUGUGCGACGACGACUUCCCUUCUGAAUACGGCGAGGGCUACCGAGACAUGGUCUUGGUCUUUCGCCCCUUUGGAGGCUUUACCAACAAAGUACUGCGUAGCGCACUCGAGCAUGGUCCGUGGCACACCUAUCGCGCGUUUAUUGACGGGCCUUAUGGCGGCAUGCAACGACGUCUGGAAGCUUUCGAUGAUGUCGUGUUGAUUGCUGGCGGCAGUGGCAUUACCGCGAUUGUCUCGCAACUACUCUCGUUGAUCAAGAAGAUGCGCGAUGGAAAGGCGGUCACGCGAAAAGUGCACGUCAUCUGGGCACUGAAGCGUCCCGAGACACUAGAGUGGUUCAAAGAAGAGCUUAGGAUUUGUCGCGAAUUUGCGCCCCCAGAGGCAGUAGAAUGCCAGUUCUACAUCACAACCGCGAAGCGUAAUGCUGGCGGGACCCUCGUCAGCGCAAAGACACCUACACGACCUGUGUCGAUGUUCUUCCACGACAAGGUCAAUGAUGCUUUCCAGAAUAUCGCCGAUCACCGCGUUUCGGGUAUCUCGUCGAAGCGCCACUCGGCACUCAUCCGCGACGAGGCGCAAGGUGACGCGGAAAAAGAAAAGGAGCUUCGCGCCGAAAACGAAGACAGCAUCACCGCACUCCCGCAAGGGCGAAUGGUUCCUGUGAGCCGCACAGGGUCCCAUCUUAGCGUGCCUCAGUACAACCCGUCGAAUCCAGACCUCAUCACCUCUGUGCCGCAGCCCAUCGUCGCCCGCCGUCAGGACCGCAACCUCUCCCUCGACAUUAGCACAGCGCUUCACUCGCAUCCGGACGCAAGCGUCUACCAGCACAACAUCGCAUCUCCCACGGCUGCGCACUCGGCACAGGGCUUCGACUUUGGAUUCCCAUCUACUCCCACGGAGUUCCAGAAGAAUCUGAUGCGAUUCGCCUUUUUGCCAGCUGCGGUCAAGAAGAAGGACGGGUGGUCAACCGAGUACGGGCGGCCAGACCUAAAGUUCCUGCUCCGGGAAAUGGGACGCAACUUUGGACGAAGAACAUGCGUGUUCGUAUGUGGACCCCCAGGAAUGCGCACAGCUGUCAGCGAGACGGUCGCAGAUUUGCAGAGGAGCGUCUGGAGCGGCAAUUCAAGGGACGAGAUUUUUCUGCAUGCCGAGAACUACGCGCUAUGAUUGGGCGCUUUAGCAUGCCUGUCCUGUUUUUCUUUACGGUCUUUGGGAAUUGUGCAUAGCGGGAGGAUUGGACGUUUAUACCCCUUUUUCUUUUCCCGGUCGAUAUCCAUGAGUGG